AUGACCUCUCCAGAACUAUCCGAGCCCGAGAAGGCUCUGAUAGUCGGUAUCUCAGGGCCCUCAUCCAGCGGGAAGACCACUCUAGCCCGACUACUCCAGCGUAUCUUCUGCGGGGUAUCCCUAGAUCCGAGCUUGAGCUUGAGCUCCGACGCAAAAGGAAAUGAUAAGCUAAACACGUUUAUCAUUCAUGAGGAUGAUUUUUAUUAUCCGGAUGACCAGAUCCCAUACACAACAACCCCCACCGGCAAAACAGUCCAAGACUGGGAUACCUCCGCGGCCAUAGAUACAUCCUUCCUCGCACAGGCACUCUCCUACGUUCGCGCGAACGGCCACCUCCCACCCCGUCUCCAAAGCAAAGAAGAUCAAAACGAGGAUGCGGGGCCAUGUGUCCCUGAUACACUGGUGACAGAGCUACGACGGGAAGUCGAGGCGAGACUUGCCUCCGCUCAGAUGGCGCGGAGUUCCACGCUCGUAUUUAUGGAGGGAUUUUUGCUAUAUGCCCCGCCAGAGGGAUAUGAGUAUAAGAACAAGGGCAAAGAUGGUGGUGCGGGGGAUGAACAUUAUCCGACUGAUCAUGGCGUUUUAAGACCCGUGCAUGACCAGAUUGGUUUACCGCUUUUUUUGCCCGCGGCUUAUGCGACUGUUAAAGCUAGGAGGGAGGGGAGGAGUGGGUAUGUUACUAUUGGGCCUGCGCCGGAACCACCAGUCACCAACACCGCUACCAACCCCUCCACAACCGCGCCCGAAAAGGAAAAGAACCAAAAUGAAGAAAUCGACCUAGAAGGUGAAGAUGACCGCCCACCCCAGAAUUUCUGGACCGAUCCACCCGGCUACGUGGAUGAUAUCGUUUGGCCGAGGUAUGUGCGUGAUCAUGCAUGGUUGUUGGUUGAUGGGGACGGCGAGGGUGAGGGCGAGGGUGAGAGGGAUAUUGUUCAGCGUGUUGGCGAGGGUGUUGAAGUAAGAGGUGAUGUUGGUGUUAAUGUUGCUCCCGGGAAGGGAGCUGUUGGUAUGGAGGUUGUUUUGAGGUGGGCUGUGGAGGAGGUGGUUGCUUUUUAUUUGGGGGAGGAGAAGUGA